AUGGCCGAGACAACACCUACCGACUACUCUCUGGCGAACCCAGAUACUAUCACUAAGUACAAGGUCGCCGCCGACAUCUCGCAGAAAGUUCUCAAGGAAGUCUCAGGAUGGAUUGCCGCCGACGCUAGCAUUGUCGAGCUCUGUGAGCGAGGUGACAAGCUUCUGGAAGAGGAAGUCUCCAAGGUCUACAAGGGCAAGAAGGUCCCAAAGGGCGUUGGACACUGCACUACCAUUUCGCCGAGCGCCUACAUCACUCCCUACACACCACUCAAGACCGACGCCGAGGAGGCCGCCACGACACUGAAGGAUGGCGAGGUAGUCAAGAUCCAGCUUGGAGCUCAGAUCGAUGGCUUCUGCGCCAUUGUUUGCGACAAUGUAAUUGUUGGCAAGUCUGACGAAGUCACUGGACGCGAGGCAGAUCUCAUCCUGGCUACACACUACGCAAACGAGCUUCUAUUGAGGUUGAUGGUGCCACCCGGUCUGGUCGCUCAUGGUGACGAGGAGGAGCAGAAGAAGGCAGCGUCAAAGAAGCCCUACACACAGAGCCAAAUGACCAACAUGCUUGAGAAGGUCGUCAAGGCGUACGGCUGCAACCUUGUUGAGAGCACUACCAUCUGGCUGUUCGACCACAACGAGAUUGAGUCAAAGAAGAAGAUUAUUCUUGCGCCUGGCGAGGGUGUCAAGGGCGAAGGUCUACCUGAAGUCGGCGAAGUGUGGGGUGUCGAGAUGGGCGUCAGCCUGGGAAGCGGCAAGGUCAAGACCAACGGCAACAGGACUACUCUUCACCGACGUACAGCUACAACCUACCAGCUCAAGCGACCCACUUCGCGAGGUCUUCUGUCCGAGGUCGUCAAGAAGUUUGGCACUUUCCCCUUCAGUCUGCGCCAGCUUGAGGACGAGAAGGCAGCCAAGGUUGGUGUCGUUGAAUGUGUCCGUACAGGUGUGCUUCGCCAGUAUGAAGUCGUCGUCGACAAGGACAGCCAGCCCGUCGCCCGGUUGUUCAGCACUGUUGCAAUCACCAAGAACGGCAUGCAGCGCCUUGCUCAGCCCACUGCUAUCGACGUGUCCAAGUACAAGUCUGACAAGAAGAUUGAGGAUGAGGAGAUUCUCAAGAUCCUUGAGCAGCCCAUCGGAAAGACAUCGACAAAGAAGAACAAGAAGAAGAAGAAGAAGCCCGCCAAGAAGGCCGCCGCUGGAGAAGCCGCUGCUGCUGAAGAGGAGGAGAGCGACGAUGAGGAGUAGGUGCAAAUCACGACCACAUAGCGCUGCUUGGUCCCCCCAAUCUUGGAUCUGGACGAUAUGAUUUGUUUUGAGGAUGAAAGUGGCAUCGCAGGAGAGAAAAGCUGGACGCUGCUCAGAUGCGAUGU